AUAACUCUGUGCACUGUUUACUUUUUUUAAAUGAUUUUGGAUAUAAGACAACCUGUAGGCAUACUUUAGUGGGUACCUAAUCUAAAACACCACGUGUAUGUUUAAUAGAUGGUAACAAUAUAAAUUCGUUUUAUAGGAUUUUUAUCGUCCCAAAACUAUAUUUGUAGCAAUCGAUUUGAUUUUGUUCUUAUUCGGCAUUGUGUUUUAACCUCACGGUAUAUACACAAUCUACCAAAACAUUUCGUAGAAGAUUUUGAGGAUGAAGUCGUUCAUCGUAUUAUUAGUAAUAGUCGCUUACGUGUCGUGUAAAUAUCAUAAUUAUGAUACAUUUGAUCUAGCCGCGUAUUUGGCGAACCCUGAGAAGACGAAGUCGUUCGUAGCUUGCUUCAAGAAUGAAAAGGAUUGUAAAACACAAUACGAUAAGGAAUUCAGAUUGGACAUAAAAGAAAUGGUAGCUACUUCGUGCGCAGCGUGCAACCAGAAAGAAAAAGAAAACUAUCAGAAAGCAUACCAGACCAUCAUGUCUGGUACUAUCAAAGUCUAGGAACACGAAUUUAAUAAAGUUAUCUAGCUACCUAUGCAAAUCUUAUGUAUGUACUUUGUUUUAUGUUUUAUAUACCAGAAAAUUAUAAAGGUUUUUUUUUAGUUUUAGAUGGUUUAGGAGGUAUCUACAUUUUAAUGAGACAUAUAAAAUUAAAGUUUAUGAUAUGAUUUUAUAGCAAUAUUAUAUUCGUUAAACAAUGACACGAAAAUAAAAGUGU